AUGACGACUACGAACACCAAGAACAACAACAACAACAACAACAACAACAACAACAACAACAACAACAACAACAACAACAACAACAACAUAACUGACAAGCGAAAGCAGAUCAAUGAAAAAACCGGGUACAAAACAACAGACGGAUACGAGAUCAUCGUUGAGGCAUGUGAGCACAUUUGGGAGUGUGACUAUCAUACCUUAGUAACAGAUCUAGAUAACAAUGAUGACAACAGCACAACGCUUUCCUCUUCUAAAUUGCCGAAAUCGAUUGUUUCUAAAAGCGCCUACUACACACCUUUAAGUGCACGAGAUGCAUUUGUGGGCGGCUAUAUUUACAACGGUACAUGCACGUACUGUCCUCUACAGAGCAAGGCGAGUGGUCUACCCAAAGUGGAACUAAAUCUCGACUGGGAGAAGCGCAGCGAUCUCGUGUACGCCUCUGAAAAACGAAGGACGCCGAGGAUCCUGGAUGAGAACGAAUUAGCUGAGGCUGAAGUGGAACCUAAGGCGCCAGAGUUACCCAAGGCACCAGAGUGGCUAAAGCGCCUUAGGACAAGCACCACGACGGUCUACCAACAGACCGGGAAAACGGAUCCAAAAAACCCAAGGAGAUCGGCGGCUGAAGAGAGUAGAACUGAAAAGGGGACCGACGCUAAUACCCCGGGGCCGAUUAAACCAAAGGAACCUAAAAGUAAUGCGGGGAACAACGGAAAGGAGUAUCAAGAAAAGAAACGGGCGAAGACGAACAGUGAGGAGCGAAGAAUCAAGAAAAAGCGAAUAGUCGAGAGCAGCGAAGACGAGAGCGACGAGGAGGAUGAGAGCGAAUGGGCGGACGUGAGACGAGAAGGCGACGCAGAGAAAACGACAGCUACGGAAAACCAGGCGAGCGGGGCGGACGAACCGUCGGGAACGGAAAAAACGAUAGUACCAAAAACCGUCGGUAACAAGAGAAAGUUGAGUGAGGCAGCAACGCGCCGAUCGACGCGACAACCAAGAGGAGUGGACAAAACGGGUGGAGUGAUGAUUCACCGUAUCGAGCGUGAAUGA